AACAGAAGUGUAAGUUCUGACGUGUCGGGGUCUCACAGGGCCACAGCCGUCGACGAGUCGGAGAGUCCCAGACGUGAAGUCUCCGGGCCUGGAAGAGGGGUGGCCCGAGGCGCGAGAUGCAAGCGGGGAAGCCCAUCCUGUACUCCUAUUUCCGGAGCUCCUGCUCAUGGAGAGUUCGAAUCGCUCUGGCCUUGAAAAGCAUUGACUAUGAGACGAUCCCCAUCAACCUCAUAAAGGAUGGAGGCCAGCAGUUCUCUGAAGAAUUCCAGGCACUGAAUCCCAUGAAGCAGGUGCCGGCCCUGAAGAUCGAUGGCAUCACCAUUGGCCAGUCACUGGCCAUCAUUGAGUACCUGGAGGAGACUCGGCCCACUCCACGACUCCUGCCUCAGGACCCGAAGAAGAGAGCCCACGUGCGCAUGAUUUCCGAUCUCAUCGCCGGCGGCAUCCAGCCCCUGCAGAACCUGUCUGUCCUGAAGCAAGUGGGACAGGAGAACCAGCUGACCUGGGCCCAGAAGGCCAUCACUUCUGGCUUUAACGCUCUGGAGCAGAUCCUGCAGAGCACAGCAGGGAGGUACUGUGUGGGAGAUGAGGUGUCCAUGGCUGAUCUCUGCUUAGUGCCUCAGGUGGCAAACGCUGAAAGGUUCAAGGUGGAUCUCACUCCCUACCCUACCAUCAGCCGCAUCAACAAGACGCUGCUGGCCUUGGAGGCUUUCCAAGUGUCUCACCCCUGUCGGCAGCCAGAUACACCCCCUGAGCUGAGGGCCUAGCCCUCAAACUGUACCCCGUGGGUGAGGGGGAAGGAAAGGGGUACAGGAGCAGAAGCUAGGUAGGCUGAACAGGCCUGGAAACAGGCAAGCCCUAGGUGGAGAAGCAGGAAAUUUGAACUCCUAGCCCUUGAACUUGAAGUCUAGCCCUGGACCUGCCUUCCCACUGAACCUCUUUGUGCUUCCAGUACCCACAGUCUGUCGAAUGUGGGUAGGGUGGGGGAGAGGAUGCUGGGAGGGAGGAAGGCAGGAACAUUACCUGUUACCUAUGUCAUGGGCAGUCAUGAAGAUGCAGGCACAGUGUAGACUAAAAUGCCUAGCAAGUUCACUGGAGAGAGGUCAGGAAGCCCGAGCGCCUCUUCCCUUCCCUGAGACUGUACCUGACUGCAAAGAAUGUCCACACUGAAAUACGGUAAUUAAACUGAAGCCCAGGCCUCUAGGUUAUAUUCAGUUAAGAUGCUUUCCAGAAAAUGAACAUUCUUCCUAGCUGGAAUCCCCCUGUGUCUGGGCCAGGAGAGGAAAUCAGCCAGCCACUUGCCCACCCUGUGGUAGGCCUGGCCCCUGGCACUUAAGAGCACUGGAGAGAAAGAAGUUCAAAAGCCUGCCUGAGAGAACCAGACCCAGAUGCAGAAGAGAACAGAUAGAAAAAGCAGAAGGGCGCCUGGGUGGCUCAGUUGGCUGAGCGUCCGACUUCAGCUUGGGUUAUCAUCUUGUGGUCUGUGCGUUCGAGCCCCGCAUCGGGCUCUGUGCUGACAGCUCAGAGCCUGGAGCCUGCUUCGGAUUCUGUGUCUCCCUCUCUGCCCCUCCCCCACUUGCUCUGUCUCUCCCUCAAAAAGAAAUAAAACAUUAAAAAAAAAUUUUUUUUUUUUUUAAGGAAAA